AUGGGUUGCUGAGCUCAAUAGCUUUACAACAGAGUUUCCUCAGAGAUUUUCCCUGAUCAGACAUUUUAAAAAAAUCAUUCAUAUUUUGAGUUAAUGACUCAAGAGAAAAAAUUAAAUAAAUUGUCUAUUUAUUAAUGAAAAAUCCUGCAGCAGGUUGCUGUGCUGCACAUGAGAGAUCCAUGGGUCUUUCCAAAUACAACAUGAAAAUGAAAGACUAUAUCGACAGAAAUCAUAUAAAAAACGUCCACAAGCUCGCCAAAAUUUUAAAAGAUAAAGGCACUCUUAAUGAUCGGGUCGCCAUUAUUAAAGGAAUUUUUGUGAAUGCUUUAGGCUAUGCCUUGUAUUUAGGUAAAACUGAGAUCUUUAUAGCUCUGCACAAAUUUCAUAAAGCUGAUGUACUUAUUAUGGAAAAUUUGUUUGAAAGCCAACACACAAGUGGGAUGGAAAUAAUAUGUAAACAUGGGACAAUAGACCUAUUAGAGUAUUAUCUUCCUAUUUAUUUAAAAAAUUACCAAGCCAAGCCUGCUCAAAAAGCAAUAGAAAGUUUGACAGUCGAUUUUGAAAAGCCACAAUUAAUAGAAUUCAAUGAUGGUUCCACAUAUACCCCGCUGCACAUUGCUUGUGAAAAGGGACAUAUAAGCAUAGUUUCUUAUAUUUAUAACUAUUUUAAGGACUUGAAAAACUACCCAGUAGAGCUUGAUAUUGAGUAUCAAGAUGAAAAAACAGGUGAAAAUUGUGCACUAAUUGCGUGCAGGAUUGGGCAUUAUGCAAUGAUAAAAUUUUUACAUGAGACAUGUGAUGCUAAUUUUAAAGCCCUAAAUAAAAAGAAUGAAGGCGCAAUACAAAUUUGUGCGGCAGCAAGCAAGAAAAUGCCACUAAAAGCAUACUAUGAAUGCAUUACUUAUCUGGUCGAACAGGUUGGGCUAGACAUAAGCUAUAAAUAUGAAGAAACUUUGCUAUUGACAGAUAGCAGACCUAUAUCAAAAUAUAUAGAAAACCAGCUCAAAAAAGUAGGAAUUAACGUUACAAAGGAAGAAUUAGAAAGAGCCUGCUCACUUGAAAGACAUAUAAGGGCAGAAGACUAUGAAAAUCACGAAUGUGCAGAGCUUGAUCUAAAAAACCUUCUUGAGAAUAAUGAUAGCACACUAAAAAGCAUGCCAAGUGACAUUGAAAGCUCAAGUGGCAGCAAAAGUCCAUUUAAUGGAUCCUUUGCAAAAAUAUAA